GGAGCGAGAUGGCGCUGCACUUUGCAUGUUCGUUGCGGCUGUGCAGCUGGGGAGCCAAACGUUUGAGAAUUGCUGCCGCGGAAGCCCGGAGAGGCAUCAGUUUCAAACUGGAAGAAAAAACCGCCCACAGCAGCCUGGCACUCUUCAAAGGUGACACAGGUGUCAAAUAUGGCAUGGUGGGAUUGGAGCCCACCAAGGUAGCCCUGAAUGUUGAGCGCUUCCGGGACUGGGCAGUGGUGCUGGCAGACACAGCGGUCACCAGCGGCAGGCACUACUGGGAAGUGACAGUUAAGCGCUCCCAGCAAUUCCGGAUAGGAGUGGCAGAUGUGGAUAUAUCCCGGGAUAGCUGCAUCGGUGUUGAUGACCAUUCCUGGGUGUUCACUUACGCCCAGCGCAAGUGGCACACCAUGCUGGUCAAGGAGAAAACCCCAAUUGAGGGCAUCGGGCAGCCAGAGAAGGUGGGGCUGCUGCUGGACUAUGAGGCCCAGAGGCUGAGCCUGGUGGAUGUGAACCGGGUCGCUGUGGUCCACGUGCUACAGACAGAUUUCCGGGGUCCAGUAGUACCUGCCUUUGCCCUUUGGGAUGGAGAACUGCUGACCCACUCAGGGCUUGAGGUGCCUGAGGGUCUCUAGUAUGUCCGUCAUUGGAGCCCCUAAUCAUGUUCUUGAUUUGUCUUCUGCUGAAAGUGUCUGAAGCCUUUUUAUUUUGCCUGUAGCUCCCAAUUCACUGUUGGGUCCUCUGUGCAGUAUCUUAACCAUCUUCCUCUCCCCUACCCCAUGAAAGCUAGGCAUACGUAGCCACCACCACCCCCUGCACCCCAAACUAUGCCAGUUUCCUAGCUUACCAUGGAUGUGCUUUCCCUGACUUGCUUCCUUCAGCCCUUCUGCCUCCCUGUGCCUAGACCUUCUGACUGUAUUC